AUGGUUAACAAAACGCGUUUCUUUGAUGCCAAGUACAUUCGAUUGUUAAUCCAAGAUCUGAAAGAUAAGUAUGCUGAGCACACAGAAAUUAUCCUCAAUCUCACAAUAUCUAUUAUGGUUAUUGCAUUCAUUAGCUAUCAAGUUAUGACUCUCUUGACAACAUCCAAGAAAUAUGAUCGGAGGAAAGAAGGUAAACAGGAUGAGAAAAAGGAAACUUCCGAAAAGGGGGUGUCAGACGACGGGUUUAUCUCUGAUCUCCAUGCUUUCGUUUAUGACGAGAAAGAGAUACCUUUCUUCACGCCAUUGUAUGAUGACGAUGAAUCGUUGAAAAAGUCUCAGUUUUUCUACGAACAGAUGAAAAUGCGUAGAAGUAUAAGAACAUUCAGUGGCCGGCCAGUAUCUCUCAAAGUAAUUCAGAAUUUGAUAAAGACUGCUGGUUCCGCCCCAUCUGUUGGAAAUGCACAACCAUGGGUGUUUUGUGUAAUCGUUCGAGAUGAUUUGAAACAUGAUAUUCGUAGUAUUCUCGAAGCAGAUGAACGUGAAAACUACACGAAAAGAAAAGGAGUCGAAUGGAUAGUAGAUGUAUCUUCUCUGCAAUCUACUUGGAGUCGUCCUUAUAUUACAGAUGCUCCGUAUCUAUUAGCUAUAUGUCAUGAAGUUUUCAAAAAUGUUGAAGGACAGCUCGAACGAAUGUACCAUUACAAUGAGAUGAGCACUUUGAUAGCUGUAGGAGUUUUGUUAACCGCAAUACAGAAUAUUGGUCUCUGCACAGUAGUCACGUCACCUCUAAAUGCAGGACCUCAAAUAUCCAGAUUAUUGAAACGUCCUGACAAUGAAUCACUUUUACUUCUUUUACCUCUCGGAUAUCCAGCUGAAGAUGCAACAGUGCCUGAUUUCAAAAGAAAGCCUGUCGAACAUAUCAUCAAGUUGUACUAA